CCCUUGCCCGUUAUAGAGGCACGAGAAACCAUCCUUAGCUUUUGGAUGCUUGCAACUAUGGCCGGAGUUUCUCAAGCCACAUUUCUUCUUAUCCCUCUGCUAGUCCUUUUACUAAAUAAAUCCUCUCAUGCUGCUGGUGGAAUUUCAAUCUACUGGGGUCAAAAUGGAAAUGAAGGGACUCUAGCACAAACAUGUGCCACAGGAAGAUAUGCUUAUGUUAACAUAGCCUUCCUCAACAAAUUUGGCAAUGGUCAACCCCCAGAAAUGAACCUUGCUGGUCAUUGCAACCCGGCAAACGGUGGCUGUAAAAUUGUCAGUAGAGGCAUCAAAAGUUGCCAACAGCAAGGAAUUAAGGUGCUGCUUUCUCUUGGUGGUAGCAUUGGAAAUUAUACUCUAGCCUCUAAGGAUGAUGCCAGAGGUGUCGCAGAUUAUUUAUGGAGCAAUUUCUUGGGCGGUCAAUCAUCUUCUCGUCCUCUAGGUGAUGCGGUGUUGGAUGGCACUGAUUUUGGCAUAGGGCAAGGUUCAACACUGUAUUGGGAGGAUCUGGCACGUUUCCUAUCUAAAUAUGGCGAGCAAGGAAGAAAGGUGUAUUUAGCGGCAGCUCCUCAGUGUCCCUUCCCGGAUAGAAAUUUGGGGACUGCCCUUAACACUGGACUUUUUGACUAUGUUUGGGUACAAUUCUAUAGCAACGGUCCUUGCCAGUAUAGUUCAGGCAACACUACUAACCUCAUAAACUCUUGGAAUCAGUGGACUGCGUCAAUAGUUGCGGGAACAAUAUUUCUAGGGUUGCCAGCAGCUCCUGCAGCAGCCAGAAGUGGGUACAUUCCACCGGAUGUGUUGACUUCUCAAAUACUUCCAGUGAUAAAGAUGGCACCAAAGUAUGGUGGCGUUAUGCUCUGGUCAAAGUUUUGGGAUGAUAGGAACGGGUACAGUCCCUCCAUUCUGAGCAGUGUAUGACACAUUGAAUUGGUUCUACUCUGCUAGCUCUAAUAACAAAUGCGGACGCAAUUCCAUUAAGAAAAGUAAAUGAGAUGAUUAAUUACUGUUUGUUUUGCUUAGAAUAGUCUAAAGAUGGCAAAUACAUGUCUCCACUAAUGUUGACUAUCUUUGCAACUCUAUCCAGUACUAAUGGGUAAAACUAUUCUGGCCUCAAUCACAUUUCUCAUCUGCCACAUAUGAACAAAUACAUUGCUCUUGAUUUUGGCCGACCAAUGAUCGAGUCAAGUUUCACAGCACGAAAAAUUCCUUAAUUAUUUGUAUUCAAGAAUAAAUUUAAUUUCUGACUUGAUACUAUAUAUGAUAUACUACAAUACCAAAGAAAGCUUUUCAUUCAACAAACAGUAGUUUCGAACCAUCAUACAAGACAUGCUGGGAACUUAAA